GCGCGCUGGAGCCAGUGAGCUCGUGACGCGCCUGGCCAUGGUCGAGGCUUGGUGUCGACGCCGUGGUCGCUUCCUUUAGGUUCCAAUGUCCUUAGCUUUGCUUUUCCUGGCCGGCCACAUAGCUGACUACCUGGCCAAGGUCGUGCUGCUGGUGUGCUUAUGGCAGGAAGAGGGGCUCCGGGACCGCUUUUGGGCACUGCUGGCGGUGCACUUGCUGGCAAGCUUGCGCAAGGCGUAUGAGUUCCAAACACCGGUGGGGCUGGUGACAGCCUUUCUGGUGCCCCUUGUGGGCCUGCUUACACCUCUACUUCAGGUUUUGCACUUUGCGGAUUCUGUAGCAGCCUGGUGGCGCCGACAGGACCAAGGCCGGCGGCUGCCACUUCGGACCGCGCCGCUGGAAGUGAUCUUGGAGGGCCUGGCUUUCCUUCUUUCUGCUUUGCAUCUCCGGGUGCAGCUGAGCCUAGGCGAGUCGCUUUCGCACUGAACCGAGGGCGACCAGUCAGA